ACGUCUAUUGGGAGACGGGAAAUUAAAUUCCUUAAUUGGAAUCACUAGGUUCAGAUUACAGCUCUCUUCUUGUUUGUUCACUUCAACAAAAGCUUGUUGCAUUCUAGCUCUCAUCGCAUUUACUAGUCCACAUAUACUUUUGGAAGUCUUUACUGCCCUGAGGAUGGAGCUACCUAAUUAUCCCAUUCCAGAUCUGGAUGUUACUCUCCAGGAGGCGAGCCGGGUACUUCAGCUCACCUUAAACCCUGAGCAGUACCAACACUAUAAAACUGCUCUGCUUCAGCAAAGAGAUGCACUUCAAGAAGUCCAAGAACACCUAAAGAAUCAUGCCUCUGGACGUGAAAACUGGGUGACUGAAGAAUUCAAAAAGCGGUUGCUUUCCUGUUAUGAUCCCCUGCCCACUUCCACUGCUAUUCCUUCUGUCUUGCCCUCUUCUAAGCUAAAGGGAGAUCUGGCACAGAUAGAGCGGGCUACAGCAUUGCUGUGGGCAGUUGCUAAGCUGUACAGUGAACCAUGUCUGGUGGAAGGGGAUGUGGCAACUGAGAGAACGCAACAGUCACAAGUUUUUGGGGCUAGUCGCUUGCCAGGCAAGAAUCAGGAUGAACUAAAGACAUAUCCAGACAGCCUUCACACCAUAUUGACCUGUCGAGAGGGUAUAUUCCCAAUUCAAAUUUUAUGGAAGCCAAGUUCAGGGGAACCUGUUUCUCCUUUACCUCUCAAUGACAUCCACAGCCAACUGGUCCAUGCAAUGAGUCACCAAGCAGCAACCCCUGAACAAGACCCAUCCAUUGUUUGUGGUCUGUCUUCUCUAAAUCGUCAAGCCUGGCAUUCUGUAAGAAUGGACAUCUUAAAGGCAGGCGGAGAAGCUGCAGCUUCACUUGAAAUGAUGGAAAGUGCCAUUCUCGCUGUUUCCCUGGAAGAUAGUCCAGCACCUGCUGAUCUUGCAGAAAUGCUUAAUACCAUCCGGCUAGGAGAGAAAGAUGGGAAAUGUUUACGAUACUAUGAUAAGGUGGUUAACUUGGUGGUGUUUAAAGAUGGCCAAGCAGGUAUGCUGUUUGAGCACAGUGCCCUGGAUGGAAUGGUAGCAGGACUUGUUGUUGAACGUCUGUGGCAGCUCUCAGAAUCUGAAAACAUGGAAAUGAUAAAAACACAACCCAAUGGUUUAGCUCCACUCUCAAAAGCUGGUUCACUUCAUCCUAAACCCCUGAAUGUGCCACUGGAAGGCAUAACUGUGCCAGAAAAGUCUGUUUCGAGCCUUCUACAAUCCAGCCAGUCUGUCAUGACUUUUGAAGUUUCAUCUUACCCAGAUGUGUUUACAACCUUGCGGGGUCUCAGAGGUUUAUAUGAUGCAUGGAUUAAUUUUACUUUGCAGCUGUCCUUGAGGCAAACACUGGGGGAUGCAGCUAUGAACCUUAUCAUGGUAACACCAACCCACAUGCGUCACUUCAAACAUGGCCGUUGUGAUCCCACAUACUCCACAACUAUGAAAUCUCACCAGCUUGUUAUAGCACUGGCAUCCUGCAUUGGCCCAGACAACAUUCCCCAGUACACAAAUGAGCUUUUCAGGCUCUUUCACCUAGCCUUUAUAGAGCACAAAAACCUCAUAAAAGCCACAAAACUAGGCUUUGGUGUAGGGCCUCAUCUGGCAGCCCUUCGCAAAUCUAUGUCUCAAGAUAACCCACUCAAAAAGUUUCUUGACCCUUUUGGGUGCCCUUCAAUUUACUUGACUGGAUCAGAUCUGAUGGAGGGUGUUGAGUGUGCUGUAGGCAAUGUGUAUGCUUCAGACCAGCUUGCUGUCACAUAUCUAGGAAGGAAGGACAAAGUACGUAUAGUGCUGAACGGGAAGGGUACAUUUGCCAGUGUCCUGGGAAAUCUCAGAGAAAGAUUUGAGCUGAAUCUAAAAUUAAUCAUGCUUUUGGCACUAAGGUACGCCAUUGCUGGGCAGAUGGGUGCCAUUGAAUGUCUCCUGCAAGACAAUGAAGAAAAACUAGUAAACGGAUCUUCAACCGAGGAUGAAAUUAAAGCUGUGGAGCAAAAAAACUCCAACAAAAACAUAAAGCCAGAUUUUACUUUGCUGAUCCAUGGUGGUGCAGGAGAGGAAAUGAUGCUGAAUCAGAAAGUAGUUGAAAUCAUUGAAUUUGCUCUUCAAACAGCUCUAACUCUUGGAGCACAAGUCCUUUCUCAUGGAGGUAGUAGUCUGGAUGCAGUACAAAAAAGUGUUGUUGCGUUAGAGGACUGUUUCUUAUUUAAUGCUGGCAAGGGAUCAGUAUAUAAUCGAGAUGGGGAGCAGGAAAUGGAGGCCACAAUUGUGGAUGGACAUGGGAAGAACUCUGGAUCUGUGGCUUGUCUGCGAAAUGUAAAAAACCCAAUAAAAGCAGCCCGUUGUGUUAUGGAAAAGAGCGUCCACUCACUACUGAUUGGAGAAGGUGCAGAAGAGUUUAUAGAAAGUGUUGGAGAGAAAGAAACAACAGUGAAAGCAGACUACUUUGGCACUGACCUACGAUUCAAGGAAUUAAUCAUGAAGUCAGGUGAUGGUAAGAAUAACCAUCCUCAAACUGUAGGAGCAGUUGCACUUGAUAAGUGGGGCAAGUUAGCAGCAGCCACUUCCACUGGGGGUUUAGUUGGCAAGUGGAAGGGCAGAGUUGGUGACACUGCAAUAGUGGGAGCAGGAAUAUAUGCUGAUGAAAAACUUGCUGUGACAUGUUCAGGUGAUGGGGAUGUCUUCUUACGCCAGACAGUUGCUCACAAAGUAGCCAGUUUAUACAACCUCAAAGGCUACAGUCUCAGACAGGCUUGUCGGGAAGUUAUCUAUAAUGAUCUGGAAGAAAAGUGUGCAGGAAUCAUUGCUGUUGACCAUCAUGGUGAAGCUGUAAUUGAAACCAAUGCUGGAGUGAUGUUUGUUGGCUCAAUGGUCAAUGGGAUUCCUAGAACUGAGGUUUUGAGACCUAUGAAGGGAAUUUGUAAUGUGAUUUGGGAGACUGAUGAAUUGGUAGCUCACCUACAGUCUAAUCCUUGGACUCCAGGAGCUACUGUUCUUACUCGAAAGAGAAUGAAUGGACCUGGAAGCAUCUUUCAGUUGGUGUUACCUGACUAUGUUGCAAUUAUGCAAGGGGCACAGGCUGUUGCCAAUCUCCUUUGUGAAAAACUUGGUGUGCAACGCUGUGCCCUUGUGUCCAUGCCAGAACUCGACAAGCCUGCUAACAUCAAAGUGUUGCCCCUCCAUGGCCUAGAACCCAACUGGAAACCUAAACUAGCUGAGGAAAUUGAGUUCAAUGCUUAUGAUCCUGGAUACUGUAGCUCCAAAAGUGGUCCACGGUGUGAAGAUAGCCAUCUUGACCAGGUACAGGAGAAGAUUCGUUCUCGACUCCCAACACCCAAUGCACCUGCUUGCUUUGAUUUCCAUGGGGACCUUUCUGAUGAUGGCCUUUUCCCCCGCAUUAUUCGUGGUGAAGAGCAACAGUGGCGCAUCUGGGAAGACAAUGAACAUGUAGCCUUCCUAACUCCUCUUCCAAAUACACCAGGGCUUACAGUUCUUGUGCCAAGAAAACCACAUACUAGUGACAUCUUCAGGAUGAAUAAAAGCGACUAUACAGAUCUAAUUGUGGCAGUACGAAAGGUUGCUCAUCUUCUACAAGAUGCAAUGAAUGCCCGUGGUGUGGCUAUCAUAUUUGAAGGAUUUGAAAUUGAUUAUGCCCAUGCAAAACUGAUUCCAUUAGUUCCUCAGACUAAUGCCCCAAAACCCCCAGCUGUGGCUCCUCAGUUCUGUCCAACUUAUAAAGGAUAUGUAACAUCAGUAGAUGGUCCCCCAGCAAAUGAAGAGGACCUUUCAGAGAUCCACUCCAAAAUCACAAAAACUAUUCCCCCUCAGUCCUGGCAAGACCCCCUGACUCAUGCCUCAUCAGCCAUCAACAGCAAAUGGUAUCGCAAUCUCUUUCAAAUCCAAAACACCCUGUUUCAUAGCACAGUGGAGUACUUCAACAACAAAUGCAAGUAUGGUUAUGCACUGACACCAAUCACGACAGACACAAUUUCCUCUCCAAUGGGUCUGGGGUCAGACUCUGAGCCCGUGUUUGUCAACAUGCUAGGCCAAGAUGUGUAUCUGGCAGACUCUAUGCAGUUUGUUUUAGAGUACUUCCUGAGAUUUCAUGAUGGACUUCCUGGGGCUUACUAUGUAUCCCCCAGUUUCAGAGGGGAAGAUCCUGAUGCUACACAUCUCAACCAGUUCUACCAUGUGGAAUGUGAGCUCCUGGGUGACAUGGAUGUUGCCAUGAGUAUAGCUGAAGGCUAUGUUGCCCAUUUGACAAAGGCAAUGCUAAAGCAACAUUCUGACAUUAUCUUAAACACUGCUGGUAAACUCUCUCAUGCCCAGGAACUACUUAAGAAUUUAGAAGGUCCCCUUCCAAGAGUAGCCUUGGAUCAAGCCAUUCACAUUAUGCCUUCCUCCGAUUGCCUUGAGUGGGUUCAGGAGGGACAACCACAGUUUGGUAGGAAGCUAACUCGAAAGGGAGAAAAGGUCCUAAUUGAGAAGUAUGGAGGUGCUGUUUGGCUGACAGAAAUGGACCAUCUUGGAGUGCCUUUCUACCAAGCAUAUAUCGAAGAUUCAGGCCAGAGCAAAGCCAAGGCAGCUGACCUUCUCUUGGGCUUAGGAGAGACGGUAGGGCUUGGGGAACGUCAUUCUACACCAGACAUGGUACGAGAGGCCUUACAACACCAUGCUGUGCCAGAGGACUCAUACAAAUGGUACAUCAACAUGCGUCAAGUCAUGCCUCUUCUUACAAGCGGAUGGGGUAUGGGUACAGAGAGAUACCUAUGCUGGCUUCUGCAGCACAAUGAUGUCAGGGACAUGCAAAUCAUACCUAGGCUGAAAGCAAAGAAGUUUUUGCCUUAAAUGGUGCACAUUGUCCUUAAAUGAUUUAUCAUGUUCAUGGACUUUCAACAUUUACAAAUACUCAGUAUUUAUAUCGACAGUUUUGUAGCAUUACAGCUUGAUCUAAUGUAAGAAAUAAAUGGAAAAUAUACUCUCAAGAAGAAUCUUAGAAAUCAUGUUUCAAAUGGUUAAAUGUUUAAUUUUCUAGCAAAAAGUUUUGAACUUCCUUGACUGACAGUUAAAUAUAUUCACAAAUGUAAAACAGUUUUUAUUUCUUCAAUGCAUUUACUGACAUUGUUUUAGUUAAGAUUAAACAUGUAUUGUAAGAACUUAUGAGCCUUUAAAGUUUUAUAGAAUUGUAAUAGUGCAUUUAUUUAUCAAGACAAGUAUUACUUUGCAUUUUCUUUCUUAUCUGUUAACACUUUCUUUGUGCUUAUAUGAAUGCAUUAAAACUUGCUUGCUGAUUGCUAAAACUGUAUUAUUUUACAACAUUAUUUCAAGGUGAUAAUAAAAAUGCAUAACAAUAAC